UCGUUGCCGAAGAGCAAAUGGCUCACGGUCAUGCAUCGAGCUCUAAUCUAAUGCAAACUUCAACUUCGAGGACCCACGAUGAAUCUCGCAGCCCUGAAAACAGUGGAAUUCACUCAGACGAAGGAGACUACUGUGAUCUAGAGAAAGAGAUGUUCAUCAAACACAGAGACGCCUCCGGACGUGUUCAGUGGAUCUCAGCUGCCGACAAACGCGAAUGGUACCUUCGGCCCAAAGAUGGACGACUUGCUCCGUUGAAAGUGCAGGGUUUUAACCAGCCCAGACAUAUAGAGGCUAGUUGGGAACGCACCGGAACCCCAGAAGAGGAGACGCCCACCAUUAUUCAACUUUUGUAUUGGACAUACGCAUCCAUUCUAGAGGAGAGAGCUCGAGGAACCUCACGUGCGGAAAGUUGGAUCAUCCUCGGAUUGAAAUGGCUUCCUUCCUGCACCAUGAUGUUGUUCAUGUUGUUGAUUCCCCAAAACCUCGAGGGAGAUUUCAGGAACAAUGGGUUUUACGACCCUGUCCGGUAUAAAGAUUGGGGUUACGCUAAAACGGCAAAAAAUCCCGCCGAGAAUCGUCAGCAAGAUCAGAACAACGAAAGCGACGAAGCUGAAGAGGCCCCUCUCCUGCAUUCACCGCCAAAUGAUGGGGAUAUCGAAUUGCCUUCAUAUCCUACUGAAAACCACUUGCUAGCAGUUCGGCCUACAGAGGAAGAUGACUUUGAUACUGAUUUCGAUUACCUCCCAGCCCGUCAAUUCCGGCCGAGGUAUCUGUGCUUCCUCAAUUCAGCAGCUGAGGUAGCAGAUGGGGCUCUCGAAUGUACCACAUGGAAUGUCUCAGAUUACAUCAAAGAACACGGCAAAAAUCCUACGACCGAGUACAUUUUCUUAUCAUACACAAGGAAGCAGUUUUGCGUGGCCACGGACACUGAGCUGGCCACUUGGAAUGUAUCGGACCAAGAGCGAGCGCGCCUUUCUGCUCUAUCCAAAGAAGACAGGGCAACACUUCGUCAUUACGGUACUAGGGCAGCCCGUGCGGCCGGCGUGCCCGCUUUCUGGCUCGACUUCGAAUGUCUCCGGGAAAAUAACGACGGGCCCAAUGAUAACCAUGACCUUGAUGACGUAUGGCGCAUUUGUGACAUCGUCCGCGCAGCUCAUUCUAUGGUGAUCCUACUGGGGCCAUCUAUCAACGACAAAAGUGAGCCUUAUAGCCCUUCCUCUCAAACCUGCUGGUUUCAUGAAUGGGGAAGUAGGCUUUGGACUCUACCCGAGAUCCUACUCUGCCCGCCGGAGCAUAGAGUCAGCUUGUACACCAUCGGUGUACGUGAUGGUCCAGAGCUGCUGGCCAAGCGAAACUUUGCAACAAGAGCCUGGAAAGACGCCAAAUUAGUGCGGCAGCUCAUAGACCACUACGAGUCUUCGAUACAUUUGACUCCGCUCGAACUUGUCAGCAUAGCUUUGGAAUGCUUUCAAGUCCGUCAAACGGAUCAGAGAACUGGAGGCGAUAUGUCUUAUGCUUUGAUGGGUCUGUUGCGCCGAAGGCCAAAGGUGGACCGGACGGAUUCUGGAUUCCAAGCCUUCGCACGACUUUCACUGAGCAAUGAUAGCGACAUGCUUUUGGAACGUCUCAUAUGUAUGCUGCCGCCUCGCUACGAUGCUAAAUGGUAUCAGAUACGAGAUGCCUGGGGUGCACACCUUUGGGACAUUGAGCCAACGACCCAAAUCGCAGGCAUCGCCGAUGACGAGACCGUGAUCUUGGAUGGAGCUUACGGUGCCACAAUCAACUGGAAAUCUAUGAGACCGCAGGCCUUUAUCAAAAGGAACACGGUGGCUAGAAAGAUCAUGAAAAUCAUAUUGCGAGGCGCGCCAGCAUAUUUCCUGACUGGUCUUUCCUUCAUAGUUGCAGCUGCUAUUACGGCAUCCUUAGCCGGUGGUUCAACACCAACGGGCUUAUUCGUUGGUGGCCUGGUAGUUCUCAUACCCACCGUUGCUAUUCUCCUUCUGGCUCCAGUCAUGCUCCACAGCAUCUACCGCGGAAAGUUCUGGUCCACUCAAGGAGCUUUCAUCGGACUGGAAGGUGAUGUUGAUAUCGGCAUGGCUGAGCGAUUCCUGUUUGGCUUCAACUGCGGUCGACUGAAGUGGUCCACAAAUGGCAGUGUAAUUUCUCGCCACUACUCUUUGGAUGGAGAAUGCAUGGGGAAAGCUCCGAGUCCUGCUCGUGCCCAUAACAGCUCUCCAACGUCAAAGCGCUUCACUUUGGUGGACACAUUUACCAUGACCGCUACAGCCUUCGACGCGGACCGCCCCCCUACCGCUGUUAUCAUAUGUGGCAGGGAAGGAGGAAUGCAAAGAGCAAUUCUCUGUUCAUACGAUUGGCAAGCCCAGACAUUUUGCAGAGAGACAGUCUUGCGCAUGCCUACGCUUGUACUUGAUCGCAUGUUUCGAAUCGACCGUUUCCGGCUUGCCCUCAGCCGUACAUUCAGUGAGCUCGAUGCUGGCAGUACAGUUCAUCGACUUCCCUCCGGACGUGUUUCUGCAGACCCCAACCCAGGAAUGAAUGCUCGAUUCAAGGCCGACCUUCUUAUGUUGCCCCUGAUGUGGGUGAUUUAUGGCCUCCAACAUCAGUACGACAACAUCCCUGAUUAUUAUGACUCCAUCUACAUCCCCUCUCAGAUUGGAUGGCUUGUGGGUGUAUGGCCGGUCGUUUACGCCAUGCGAUACUUCGACACAAAGAUUGUCUUUUCGGCCGGAAUGUUACUCAACGGCUGUAUAAUAUUGCUUUUCCUUAUAUCACUCAACACAAUCGGCAUCCAAGUCCUCAGAGCUUGUGAAGGAAUAGCCAAGUCUGUAACGGUACCUGCCUGUUUGCUCCUUAUGCAAAUGUGGUAUAAAACAGAGGAACAAACGGCUCGUACGGUUAUAUGGGCAACCGCUGGCCCGAUAUUGGCUGCCGUUAGUUUGUCUAUCAACUACAGUCAGAAAAAUAGCGCUUCAACUGCCUGGACGUCUAUUGAAGGGACGAUGCUGCUCCUUUUGGCUUUCGGUACCUUUUUCCUGCUAGGGACACCAGAACAAGUCAGUUGGCUAUCGAGACAGCAAGCAAAGCAGGUAUCAGCGCGAGUGGAAGCCAACAUGACCAAGUCGUCUUCUCGACUUUCUCGAAAGAGACAUCAUUGGCCAUGGGCUCAGGUCCGUACAUCAUUCUUAGAUCCCCAGAUCUACUUCUUCUUUAUGGUCUCAUUGCUUGAUGCAUUGCCAAACGGUAAAGUUGCCGCCUAUUUAGAGGUCCUUCAGACUGAGAGUGAUGCACUCCGGAUCCUUCCAUCACUCGGAUGGUUUCUGAUCGUAGGGGUGGUUACAACGAUGUGGCAAAAUCUACGUUUUGCCUUUAUGGCGCUCAGCGUCGUCUUAGCGCUUGUUGGCAGAAUCGUUCUUACCCUCCGGCCGGGGCAUACCACAGAAAAAGGACUGUUUUUCGGCGCGUGGACUUUGAUCGGAAUGGGCGAUAUCACACAGAUUCUUCUUUGGUCUCUUUUCACGGCAAACAUUUCCGGGCGCGUUCGGAAAGCAUUUAUCCUGUGCACACUAUUCACAGGCUACACUCUAGGACAUAUUAUCACCCGGAAAGUCUUCAAUGACGAAUUCACGGCUUUCGCCGAACAAGCGCGAUUUAUCCCGUUUGUCGCUAGCUGUGCUUCUGUCGAGCUGGUACUGCUAGCAUUGUGGGCGGCUUGGCUCGUUUGGCAGAACAAGACCCGCGCACAGAAAGUUUCUGAUAUGGACGUCUCUCCGGAAGAGUCACGGCGUUUGGGAGUCCUGGAAGCGGAUGACGAUGCAACUGACGUUGAGAAUGUGCACUUCAGAUACCAUUACUGAGGCAUUGUUGGUUAAACGUGGAAGAAAGAUCGAUGCCUGAAGAGAGAGGAACCCUUGUUGGUAAUCAGAAAAGUUCAAUUCGGGGAAAGAGAAGGCUGCUUGGAAAUGACUUUGUCGGCAUAGUCGUAGCUAAUUUUUAUUCUCAUGAAUGACUUCGUACGGUCU